UGCUCUAGUAUGGAGAUGAUUUUUUAUACGGUUUGGUAGCAAGGCGCCCGUUUUGACAUAAAUGAGCUAAAAAAUGUGUUCAUCUCGCGUAAAGUUUCUUCGCGAAUAAUUUAAUUAGAUUAAAGUUAGAAAACUUGUUCUGCCUUAAGAAUGAGGGCGUAAAAUUAAAAAAGUACGUAGAGAAAAACAGAAAGGACACUGAAGACUUUUUAUAAGCUUAUUGUGGAUUGCGUGUUACAGAUUUUUUCUUAGAUUCGUAUGUACUACAUACAUAUAUGUAUGUACAUAUGUACAUACAUACAUAUGUAUAUGCAAUGAAAAUAAGUGUGUGAAAAUUGUCAAAAUGAUUUCAAUCAAAAGUAUGUGAGAAUUUUACAAAUUCCUACGGAUUAAAAUGGUGAAACUUAGUGAAUCAUUAAUUACAAUAUUAUAAGAUGAAAAUGGCUACAAUAACAUGUACACUUGCAUACAUAUAAGUGGAGAGAUGUAUGUAUAUGUAUAAUCACAUACAUACAUACAUACCUAAAUAAAUAAGUGCAUGACAACAACGUCCUUCAAGCCCCACGCAGUCAGAUGGACUUAAUUGCUGUAAGUGUGGUUUGAUUAUAGCGUGAUAUGCCAACAUGGAGACGAACCAAUAUUACUGCCGAGGUGGAAUGCAACCGACUUCAUCGCCAUCGCCCAUUUCCCAAACCCCCACAAAUAAGAUGAGCUAUGGAAAUAAUGCUGGCCAGGAUUACUUGGCCUGUGGCACAAAUCAACCAGAAACGGGUUUCAUUCCAAGGGAUAUGACACCACUGAAUGGAGGCGGCAGCGUUGGGAGUGGCAACAAGGCUUUUGUUGGCAACCACAAUGCUGCAGGAAGUCCAUAUGUUUAUCCCAACUGCAAUAACAGUGCUCAAUGUGCAAGCAAUACGAAUAAUGCUGGAAAUUAUAUCAACAUAAUGACUGUUCCAUUGGGAACAUUGCAGUAUAAUCGAAAGAAGACAACAACCCAAGACUACCAAUCACGCCUAUAUUAUAAUACAACGGAUGUCAAGUGUCGGGACGAUUAUUAUUUGGGGAAGCGCAUCAACAAUGACAGCCCAGGCCCAUCGCAACAACAGCAGCAGCAGCAGCAGCAACAACAACUUCAGCAGCAACAACUUCAGCAGCAACAACAGCAGCAGCAACAGUUUCAACAACAGCAGCAACAACUUCAGCAACAGCAGCAACAGCUUCAGCAGCAGCAUCAACAACUUCAACAGCAGCAGCAACACCAGUUGCAACACAUCAAUCAUAACCAUCAGUUGCAACACGCUCAACAAUCAACCGCCUGUAGCCCCAGCUCAGUGCUGGAGACACUCGACGAUGGCUCCGAGUGUCCCAUGUAUUCGAAUGCGGCUGCAGCAGUUGGUCGCGUGGUGGCCGCUACUCAAACGCAUCUCAACAAUGCGAACGUGGUGACCUGCGAGCAAACGCCAGUGUCGCUCGUUCCCGUCAAUGUGCCUGUUCCACCUGUGAUGUACACGGUGCAUCGUGUGGUGACCACCGCUCAGAUUCAGACAGCGGUCGGCAGCACCUUUGCCUCGUCGGCCAGUGUGUCGAGUGUCGUGAGUGCCGCCGGCCGCAAUGAUAACGAUAACUGCAUGACCUCGUCACAAGUCACAUCGGCCAUGUCGAUGUCAGCCAACGAUCCGCAGUGUCACAGUGGGAGUCUUCAUAUAUCAGAAAUCAGCGGAAAUAUCAUGAACAAUGCCAAUGCACUUGGCCCACUGACUGGAGUGCGAAGUCCUUCCGGUGCUUUGACAAAUCUGUUGCCAGUCCAGCAGAACUGCAACAGCAAUGCCAACAGCAACGAGGCUCAACAGAAUCCUGCGAUAUCGAAACGAGUGCUUGGCGGCAACCCACCAUCAUCAUCAUCAUCCACCACAUACUCAAGUGCAGGCAAACCCAACUCUCUGGUAGCUCGCACUCUGCAGAAUGUAAUUCCAACAUGCGUAUACUUAAUGUCGCGAGUGGCCGUGCACAUGGAGAUCGAGGGCACGGCUCAAUGCCCCUCGCAAGUGAUGCUUGCCGCUGCCUUGGGCUGCGAGGAGCUGGGCAUCUCGAACAAGUUGCUGGCGCAAAGCAUCUUCGGCUUGUGGAUGACCAGUGGUUUGCUGGAGAUGCAGCUGAAGGCCCAUCACUGCCCCUACAUUGUGCGUGUGGCGUGGUCGAGUCUGCUGGAGAAGUUUAGUAGUAGCAAUCCAAUCGAACGCAAGUAUGACGAGCCCAUGAUUGUUCUCAAGCGCAAUGUGUUCUUCUCCAAGCGCGACGAGGAGAAAAUCAAGGAUCAUCGAAUUGUGGAACUGCUUUAUGAGGAGGCAAAGCAUUAUGUGUUGACCGGAAGAUAUAUUAUGGAACCCGUACAUUCGCUUAUGCUGGGCGGCAUUCAAGCUAGAAUUGAGCUUGGACCCUACAAUUCUCAUACGCAUACUGUGGGAUUCUUCAGAGAGAACCAGUCACGAUUUCUGCCAAAACAUGUGGCGAAGAGCUCUAAUUGGCUGUGGUUGCCCAUUAGCCAAAAGAAUUCAGCAGAAAUUAAGCUUCUGGAGCAGUUCAAGCGAGUGCCGCAAACAGCCACAACUCGGAAACUUAUGCGAAAGUACUUAGAAUUCUGCUGGGCGCUGCCGUUCUAUGGCGCUGCGUUCUUUCAUGGACAAAUGGAACAACCUGUUAGGGGAAUUAUGUCGUUGGUUAACCACAAGGAUAUGGAGGUCUUGAUUGCGGUGAAUGAGAGAGGAGUUUUUAUAAUAGACUGCUAUGAACACACACUUUUAUUGGGACUCCGAUAUGAAGAUAUGUCAUGGGAUUAUGCAAAGCCAAGUGCUAGUGAUGAUCCCGAGUGUCUUACAUGCAUAUUCCUGCAGUUUGAUGCUGUGGAAAAUGGAAUACAAAUAUCGAAACUAGUACAAGUUUUCUCCAAGCAAGCGGCUAUGAUUGAUGCGCUUAUAUUGCAUUUCACGGAACAGAUUCGAAAACGGAAACAGGAAGGAAAUUCAGCGGAACAUUUUCAUGAUGAACCAAAUCCUAUUCAAAAUAAUGGCAAUGGAGUAUUAUGCAAUAAGCUGUCGCGUUUGACAUUAGCCAGCUUUGACGAAGAAGGCCGCUGUAUUGGGCAAAUGGGAUCAUUAUCUAUAAGCUAUUAACAAUUGUUAUAUAUAUAAAAUUCAUAUGAAUGAAAUUGUUUAAAUUAAGAAUUACGAUCAUUAUAAAAGAACUACACAUAUAGUCACAUGUAUGUAUAGUAAAGUAAAAGAUAGCUUAUUGUACAUAGACUCUUGUAUAUACGUAUAAUAUCUAGAGUGUUCAUGGAUGGACCGAUUACAAGACAAGAUUCAACUGGUGCAUGGCCAAAAAACCAAAGCAAACCAAACUCAAACCAAACGAAAGUAAUGCAAUGAAUACCACAAACAAAACAAAUAAGAAAUGAAUGAAAUGAGAAAAUGAAAAAAAAAACAACAACAAAUUCAAUCAAAUAAUCGUCUUAACUUCAUAU